CUGCCAUCAGCUGUCCUACUCGCUAUGAGCUGUUCAUGGGGAAGUGUUACCGCUUCUCCGUCGAUCGUAAACCCUACAACGAGUCACGGGCCACUUGUCACGAAGAGGGUGGCCGCCUAGCAACAGUGAAGAAUAACGAGACCCACAACUUCCUGGCCAAUCACGUGAGAGCUACAACUAAAGCACACACCUGGAUCGGGCUGAGUGAUCAGGAGACAGAGGGGCUGUGGGUUUGGGAUGAUGGUACGUUGCGGGUUGGUGAUGGGUUCUGGGGUACAAAGGAACCAAACGGUGGUACAAGGGAAAACUGUGUUCACAUUUAUCCGGAUAAGGACUACCGCUGGAAUGAUAGUACAUGCCCAAGCUCUUACUACUACAUCUGUGAAAUCUAAGGCUAGCUAACAUUAGCUACUUCAUGUAGACUAUAUAGCCAGCUACUACAUGUAGACUACAACUGUAUAAUAAUGACAAGUAUACUAGCACUGUGACAACAUAAAACUAAAACAAGACAUACGUAUAGGCCUAGAUGUUUAUGCUUAUAACUUUUGCUAGACCUAUGUAAGAUGUCAAAGACAUAACUUAAGUCAGAAUAAAAGGAUAUGCGUUUAAAGUGACACAAAUGGAAAACGUUAUCGUUCUAAUUCGAAAUAUGGUAGCCUAGAUGUCAGACUGUUUCGAGGGCCUAUACAGCCCAACUCCUCGGCUCUAGGACCAACAAGUAAAACCUACAUGAAGCCCCCCUGAGUUAGACCCUGAUAAACAUGAUA